GUCACGUGAUCGCAGCUUUUUCUUUGCGGAAACGCAGAACAAACAUGGCCGCGGCGAGCUGCUCGAGCAAAGUGCGACUGGCGACGUUUCUCCUGCACCUCCUCGGCUGCUUCUCCUCGGGGAGCUGCUCCGCGCAGGUGCCGCUGCUGCUGUGGUCCAGCGACAGCCUUCCACCGCUGGCCUCGCCCGCAGCUGGCCACAUCACAUCCAAUGACCAGUUGACCUCCUACCUCGCGGCUGCGUUGGGCUCCGGCCCUCGCACCGUGCUGCUCUUCCUGCAGGACAAGUUGAGCAAAGAUGACUUCACGCUCUUCGGUGGCGUGUUUGGAAACAAGCAGGACAGUGCCUUUCACAACCUGGAGGCUGCUCUUCAGUCGUCUGCUUCGUCGGUCACGGUUCCAGCCUUAGAGUGGACGGGCUCCUCUUCCUUCCCGGCUCUGUUUCAGGAAACACUCGGCGUGUCGCCUGUGCUCGUAGAUGCCGAGACUCUGUCGCAUCUGACCAUCAACACGUCUGUCAACAACCUCCUGCUCAUCAAUCUUCCUUAUUGCACCGGAUCACACAAGGCCUGCAAGGAAGUGCUGCAGGACAAUGAUGAGAUCAUCGGAAAUGUUCUUAGUGCCGUGAAAGCAAAAAAUGUUUCGUACACAGCGAUAUACACGGGACUGCAGCCAUCACGAGUCAUUUCAGAGGCGUCUGUGUCGGACCAGUCCGUGGGCCGCUCCUUGCUCGCAACAGUUGAGGCUGAUGUCAAAGUGCCCAUCAUGUUCAACGUGUCUGGAAACCCCUGCAUCAUGCUGUGGGCUCAGAACCUCAACGUGAGCCUGUCGGGAACCGCACAGUGGAUCGACUUCGCUGCAGGGACACCCUCCUUGGACAGAUCCAUGUGUAACGCCACUCACUCACUGCUUGUCCUCACUCAUCCAACAAAUGGCUCUGUGCUAAGUUUUGCCAUGAGUCAGCGGUUCUAUCCCGUGUCCGGACGGAACUGGUUCACCCUGGACUCCGUGCAGCUGCAGUCCGGCAGCGAAACUGUGUCUUUCAGCGGGAGCCGCGGCAUCUACGCCCCUGCAGAGUAUUCCUUCCACUGCCAGUCCGUCAGCAGCUUCAAGGACGCUCUGCUUGUGCUGAACAGCACCAACAAGGAAUUAUCCGAGUCGAGGCUCAAUUUUAUUGACUUCCAGAUUCAAGGCUUCAGUUUGGCAAACGGAACGAAUUUCUCCUACGCCAGCGACUGUGCCGGGUUCUUCACCGCGGGGAUAUGGAUGGGGCUGCUGACCUCGCUGCUCAUGCUGCUCAUUUUCGUGUACGGCCUGCACAUGAUCAUGCAGCUGAACACCAUGGAUCGAUUCGACGACCCCAAAGGUCCAUCGAUCUCAGUGCCUCAGUCGGAGUGAAGCCCUCCUCACACGCGCACACACACUCCUCAGCCUUUCAGUGCCUCCUGAUGUCGGACCUUGGAGAGUCAAUCUGUGUGAUUUAGCUUUUGUAUGUGUGGAGCCUUUUACUUUGAAGGUGCUUGUCAGGCAGAUCUUCUCCUCCUGACAUUCUCUCCUUUAGUUUUCCUUCCUCAGAUGAAUUUGGGCCAGCGUUCUCUCACCAGGCACAUUCCACUUCGUUUCCCUAUGAUGUACAAGUGCCAAAAUGGAUGCUCCCGUUUUUUCUCCUCAUGAGCUAAUUUAGAGUGCGAGUGCUAAAUGUUGUUUUCGUGCCAGAGACAUUGGAUAUUCUCCCUAAUGAUAAAAAUAAUUUGCACUCUUAACUAGCGAGUGCCAAUAUGAAAGUCUCUGCUGGAAGCUGUAGGAACUUUUCAGACCUCAAUUCUUACUCCUGUCUUUAUUUUUUCCAACUCAAAGACUACUGGUGAUGAAAGAAGUGCCUGUGUGUAUAUAAUGUGUUUGUGAAAUGUGUGAAAUUCCUGAAGUGUGGCUGUUUUGAAAUGGCCCCCGGUGAAAGUGCAGAAGUUCUUCCUCCUGGGUUUAGUUCUGCUUUUCACUCGUGGUCGAAUCGCAGACUCACACCACUGCAAUCCCACGUUUUAUCGACAGCUGAAUUAUUUAUAUGAAAAUACUUUAUGUGCCUACGCUGCCCUCUAAGUUUACUCUUCGCUUCAGGGUCAUUGAUUAAUUUAACAACGGUGCCUCAGUUCUGCUUUUUGUCAAAUGCAUAGACUACUGUCCAAUGUCUUUAACUGCAAAUAAAGAGAUCUAUCAAUUGUAAA